AAAGAAGAAGAAGAAAUCGAGUUUGCUCAUCUCUCUCCGCCUCUAUCUUUCUCUCUCUCUGUCUCUCUGCAGCACGUCUUUCCUCGUCCCAGCGUCUCUGAUUCUCUGCAUCCCCCCGCGGACCCGUUCCAUGCCGACCCACCAAGCUUGAUUCCUCGAAGAGUGCAGGCGCGGGCGAAAGCUCGGAUCUUUUUCCCGGGAAAAUUCGGUCGCCGGGGGCGAGAGAAUGUGGGGGUUCGGGGGCAGGCAUUAUUGGGGGAGGAAGGGGAGUGGGAGGGAGAAAAUCGAGGGCGUAGUGGUGGUGUUCGCGUGGAUGUCGAGCCAGGAGAGGCACCUGAAGAGCUACGUCCAGCUUUACGAGUCGUUGGGGUGGAAUUCGCUCGUCUGCCACUCGCAAUUCCUCAACAUGUUCUUUCCUGAAAGGGCAACUCCUCUGGCGGUUGAAGUCCUCAAUGAACUUAUUAGGGAACUAAAGAUCAGGACAUGUCCUGUAGUCCUUGCAUCUUUUUCUGGAGGGCCAAAAGCUUGCAUGUACAGAGUUCUUCAGAUAUUGGAGGGGAAUUGUGAAGUGCAGCUAAAUCAUGAUGACCUCCGUUUGGUUAAAGACUCUAUUUCCGGCUUCAUAUAUGAUUCUAGUCCUGUUGAUUUUACGAGCGACCUGGGGACCCGGUUUGUGGUUCAUCCAACCGUCAUGAAAAUGUCCCAUCCACCGAGAUUUGCAUCAUGGGUAGCUAAUGGCAUUGCCUCUGGUUUGGAUGCUCUCUUCCUGAGCCGGUUUGAAUCACAACGGGCUGAAUAUUGGCAGACUCUGUACUCGUCUAUUAACUUGAGAGCUCCAUACCUACUAUUGUGUUCAGAAAAUGAUGAUCUUGCUCCUUACCAAACUAUAAGGAAUUUCGCGGAAAGAAUACGAGAUCUUGGCGGUGAUGUUAAACUUGUUACGUGGAAUGGCUCUCCUCACGUAGGUCAUUAUCGUUGCUAUCCAGUUGAUUACAAGGCUGCGGUGACUGAGCUCCUUGGUAAGGCAGCUGCAAUUUUCUCCCAGAGAGGUCAACGGCCUGAGUGUGAAAGAAUGGGUAUUGAGGGCAGACAUGAUGAAAUCUCUGAGCCAAUCUUCCCCCCUAGAAGAGCAACAGCUAGUUCGAGCCAGAAUUCUCAAGGGUUUGCUGUCACCCUGAGCAAUCAGAUGCUCUUGCCGAGCUCAGUUGAGUGUUAUGAUGGAAGAAAUGGUGGAUCUGUACAAGAUGAGGGCAAGGAAGGCAUGGUCCAUCUGCCUAGCCUACCUAGCAUCAAUGCUCACGGAGUUCUUGGCCAAAUUCUAUUCGAUGUGUGUGUUCCCAAGAAUGUCGAAGACUGGGACAUAAGGCAGUCAGAGUCCUAUUACAAGCGCCCUCUGACUAAUACAAGGAGGCAUGCUCCAUUCAAUCCAAUCAAAUGCAUACGCCGUUCGAGAUUGUAAAGUUAUUUGAUUUGUAAAGUUGGGGAAGUUAUUUAAUUGGAGGGGUGGCUUGGAAUAUAUGAAAAGCGAGAAUGGGCCCAGGAGAUGCUUUGCCUGAAAGAGAAUCAUAGAAAUGACAGUGUUUUGAGGAAUUAAGGAAGAAUGGGCGCGAGAUCGGUGGUAGAUUUGACUUGUGGCUUGAAUUGUACAGCGACUCUAGUGAGAAAGCUUUCGACUCCGUAGAUCCUUGUCAUGAAUAAAGAGGUAUGACUUGCUUUCGACUCUGUAGAUCCUUGUCAUGAGAAUAAAGAGUUAUGACUUUUAAUGCAUCAAACUUAGAGACAUGCGUCUUUGCUUA